GGCCUAAGUCUUUAAAGGCUUGGUUGGUUCCAUCUUGGAUAAUGACAACGAAUUUUCAUUUCAGAAUACAAAUAGUAAGAAUGGCCAAUAUCACAAUUGAAACAUCUGAUGGAAGAAAAGGCGAAUUUAUAACGGCAAAUGGCUUAGUUUAUUCGAAGGAACAGAGAAAGCAUUUCAAGGAUGGAGAUUUGAAAUCUCACAUUGAACGUAUGCGAGACUUGACAAUACGACCAGACGAUGUAUUCUUAGCAACGUAUCCAAAGUCAGGUACACACUGGGUAUGGGAGAUACUUAUGAUGUUACGAGGAGGGAAGGCCGAGUACGAGACAAACCCAAAAGAAGCAGUCUUUCUAGAUUUUAAAGACGUAGAUGUCAUAGAUAAAGUGACGUCACCGAGAGUUUUGAAUUGUCACUGGCCGUGUAAACUUAUUCCCAAGGGAAUUUUUGAGAAAAAGAUCAAAAUAGUUCACGUGCAAAGAAAUCCGAAAGAUAUGGCAGUGUCUUUAUUUCAUCACCAUCAUAGUUUAGGAGGAAGGCCGUUUACAGAAAGUUUUCAGGAUUAUCUACCCAUGGUUCUAGGGAAGUAUGGAAUUUACCAGUUUUAUCCAUGGUUUAAAUACAUCAAGGAGUGGGAGCGUUUUACAAAAGCAAACCCUGAACAAAUAUUAAACCUUUACUACGAGGACAUCAAAGAGAACCCUGUCAGAGAAAUUAGGAAAAUAGAUGAGUUUCUUGGAACCAAUCGUUCUAGUGACUUAAUUCAACAGAUUGCGCAUGCGUGCCACUUCGAUAACCUGAAACAAGCUGACCUUGACAUUAAAGUUAAGGAAGGAAUAACGAAUCACAGGAAACCUUCAAUGAUGUACAGAAAAGGGCAGGUUGGUGACUGGAAGAAUAAUUUUACAGUUGCCCAAAAUGCUGACAUGGAUGAAUGGUUACAGGAUAAUUUCGUAGAAACAGACAUUAAAUUCAGAUAUACCAUCUAACAUUACAUAUCAUACUGUGUAAUAACAAAGAUGUAGAUAACUCAUGUAUUCCUAUGUCUCUGGUAAUAAUAAAGUAUUCUUAAAUCAUG